CCCUUCUCUCUCUCUCUCUCUCUCUUCUUCUCUUCUCCUCUCUCCGCUUUUCCGAGGCGAGGAAACAAUGUUCAGAUUUCUCAAGGGUGUGGUGGCCGGAUCCGGCGCUGGCAUCAGGGAUCUCCCGUACAACGUCGGCGAACCCUACCCCUCCGCCUGGGGAUCCUGGACUCACUACCGCGGCACCUCCAAGGAUGACGGAUCGAUGGUAUCCAUUUUUUCUCUUUCAGGAAGUAACAGUCAAGAUGGUCACUUGGCUGCUGGUCGUAAUGGUGUUAAGCGCCUGAGAACUGUCAGGCAUCCAAAUAUCUUGUCUUUCCUACAUAGCACUGAGGCCGAAAUUGUUGAUGGAUCUACUGCGAAACAUACGAUUUACAUUGUAACUGAACCAGUGACACCCCUUGCAGAAAAGAUAAAAGAAUUAGGUUUAGAAGGUACCCAAAGGGAUGAGUAUUUUGCAUGGGGUCUCCACCAGAUAUCUAAAGCUGUGAGCUUUUUAAAUAAUGAUUGCAAACUUGUUCAUGGUAAUGUCUGUUUGGCUAGUGUCGUUGUGACUCAGUCAUUGGACUGGAAGCUGCAUGCCUUUGACGUCCUAUCAGAGUUUGAUGGGAACAGUGAAGCUUCUAACAGCUCUAUGCUGCAAUUUGAGUGGCUGGUUGGAUCACAAUACAAACCUAUGGAGUUGUUAAAGUCAGACUGGGCAGCAAUUAGAAAGUCACCUCCAUGGGCACUUGAUUCAUGGGGAUUAGGCUGUUUAAUAUAUGAACUAUUUUCUGGUACGAAGUUGGCCAAAACAGAGGAGCUGCGUAACACUGCUUUUAUUCCCAAGUCGCUACUUCCAGAUUAUCAGAGGUUGUUAAGUUCUGCUCCAUCUCGGAGGAUGAAUCCGUCAAAGCUUAUUGACAAUAGUGAAUAUUUUCAUAAUAAAUUGGUGGAGACUAUUCAGUUUAUGGAAAUUUUAAAUUUAAAAGAUAGUGUCGAGAAAGAUUCCUUUUUCCGCAAGCUUCCAAACUUAGCUGAACAGCUUCCUCGCCAAAUUGUGCUGAAGAAGUUGCUUCCGUUGUUGGCUUCUGCCUUGGAAUUUGGUUCAGCUGCUGCUCCUGCCUUGACUGCAUUGUUGAAAAUGGGUUCCUGGCUUUCAGUGGAAGAGUUCAGUGUGAAGGUGUUGCCAACUAUUGUUAAACUUUUUGCCUCUAACGACCGAGCUAUUCGAGUUGGGCUGCUUCAGUACAUAGAUCAGUUUGGAGAAUCAUUAUCAGCACAAAUUGUUGACGAGCAAGUUUUUCCUCAUGUUGCCACUGGUUUCUCUGAUACUUCUGCUUUUCUUCGUGAGCUGACAUUAAAAUCCAUGCUUGUUUUAGCACCGAAGUUGUCUCAGCGAACUAUUUCAGGAUCUUUGUUAAAAUAUCUUUCAAAGUUACAGGUUGAUGAAGAGCCCGCGAUCAGGACAAAUACUACAAUCUUGCUUGGAAACAUAGCAAGCUAUCUUAAUGAGGGGACUAGGAGGAGAGUUUUAAUUAAUGCAUUCACAGUUCGUGCUUUGCGGGAUAAUUUUGCUCCAGCUCGUGCAGCAGGAAUCAUGGCUUUAAGUGCCACUAGUUCAUACUAUGACAUGAUGGAGAUUGCGACACGCAUUCUACCUAAUAUUGUUGUACUUACUAUUGAUCCAGAUGGUGAUGUAAGAACAAAGGCGUUUCAGGCUGUUGAUCAAUUUUUGCUUCUUGCCAAGCAGCAUCAUGAAAAGCUCAUUACAGGAGAUACCAGCGAGAGUGAUGGUGUUGGGACUCCAUUAAUACCUGGAAAUGCUAGCUUACUUGGAUGGGCUAUGAGCUCUUUGACAUUGAAGGGAAAAGCUUCUGAACAUGCUCCACUUGCUUCUGCAAAUGUGAAUGCAUCACAAAUUUCAACAACCUCAAAUGCCAACUCAGUAAUGGAUGCCCAGAAUGCUGUACCAGUUCAUGCGGGUUCAGGCACCAACGCUUCUGAUCAACCUGAGCCUUCAUCUCCAACAUCUACAGAUGGUGGUUGGGGUGAACUUGAGAAUGGGCUUCUUCAUGAAGAUCAUGAUGGUGAUAAAGAAGGUUGGGAUGAUGUUGAUCCAGUCGAAGAGCAGAAACCACCUCCACUUGCAAGUAUACAAGCUGCUCAGAAAAGGCCUGUAGUGCAACCAAAGCCGGCUGCAAGUUCAAUGCGGCCAAAAACUACACUGAAGCCAUCAAAAGCAGAUGAUGAUGAUUUGUGGGGUGCAGUUGCUGCACCAGCACCCAGGACUGCAUCAAGAUCUCUAAAUGUCAAGCCUGCAUCAUCGCAAGAUGAUGACGAUCUCUGGGGUUCUAUUGCUGCACCACCACCCAAAACAACUGCAAAAUCUCUGAAUCUGAAGACGACGAUGGCCAGUGAUGACAGUGAUCCAUGGGCAGCCAUUGCUGCCCCUCCUCCAAGUACCAAAGCCAAGCCUUUGUCUUUGGGCCGAGGCCGAGGAGCAAAACCGGCCUCUGCGAAGCUGGGGGCUCAGCGAAUUGAUCGGACUUCCUCAUCUGGAUUGUAAGAAAAGAAUGGAAUUGACAAGAAAUUAUUUGAUGAGUGGUGAUUUUUUUUGUUUUUGUUUUAUGGCUAUCCUUUUUUAUAUAAUAUUCUGUAAUAUUAUUCAAAUGUUUAUUUGAAUAAUUGUGUAUUGUAGUCCACUGUAAUCUAGGCUUCUUAAAAUGAAUUUUAAAGCGUUUCAGUACGACCUCUUGCCUCCAUGGAAUAGUAAGUAUAUGUCGGUUUCCUUUCAAGGGAGAACUUGUGUUUUAAAUGAGUACUUUUCUGCUUGAGGUUGUUUCUCAACAUCUCUUGGCAGCUUUCUA